AUGCUCUUCCUCUUCGUGAAGGAGCCCGUCACCAUCAGCCUCACGGCGAUGUACCUGGUGUCCUUUGUGGUGGGCUUCGUGGGCAACAUCAUGUCCAUCAGGGUGCUCACCCGGAAGCGCCGGAGCCGCGUGUCCAGCCUGAGUGCCACCCGCAGCCUCCUCAUCAACCUGGCCGUGUGCGACCUCAUGGUGGUGUGCGUCUGCAUGCCCAUCACCGUGGGCAACCUCAUCUACAAAGCCUGGGUGUACGGGGACUUCCUCUGCCGGGCAGUGCCCUUCAUCCAGGCUGUUUCUGUCUCCGCCAGCGUCCUCAGCCUGACCGUCAUCAGCGUGAACCGGUACUACAGCGUGCACAAUCCACUCAACGCCCGGUCUUUCUUCACCCAGAAGAGGAUCCUCAGCACCAUCCUGGUGGUCUGGUUGUUGUCCUCAGGGAUAUGCAUGCCCCUCAUCUUCAUGAACAAACGGGAUGAGAUUGGGGUGGUGGAGGGCUUGCCUCUGGUGUUUUCCAUCUGCAGGGAGAUUUGGCCUCAGGAGAGGCUCAAGCAAGCCUACAACUUUCUGCUCUUCUGUGCCCUCUACUGCCUGCCGGUCCUGUUCAACAUGGUCAUCUGCUUUCUCACGGUGCGCCGGCUGUGGAGCCGCAGCAGCCAGCUGAAGGAGAGCACUGCCCUGAACCGAUCUCUGCCAGCCUCCAGGCUGAAGAUCCGGAAGAAGGUAGCGCAGAUGGUGGUGGCCCUGGUCCUGCUGUUUGCCAUCUCCUGGCUGCCCGUCUACCUGAUGGACAUCUGGAUUGAUUUCAACAUCCCCAAAUCUUUGCAGGAUGUCACUCCUUCUCCUUGGAUCCUGCAGCUCAGACCUUUUGCCCAGUGGCUUGGCCUCACCAAUUCCAGCCUCAACCCUAUAUGCUAUUGCUUUGUUGGGAACCUCUACAGGUCAGCCAAGGAAAUGAAGAGCAAAUACCACCAAAGAAUGGUCUCUCUCUUUAACUUCUCUCUGUCCGAAGGGACAACCCGUUCCUCAGUCCCAGAGCUGCUCUCGUACCGGAGUUCAAUGGACCCUGCAAGGAAAGGACCCUCUGCCACCCCCACCAUGGGCAGGAGAUGUCAGGGAGGACAUGGCCAUAAGAACAAGUGUGGAUGUUUGAACUCCUGCCAGCAUCCAGCCCUGAACACUGUCUCCAGUGAGAACACUUCCUUGUAA